AAAAUGCAUUGAUCGAUCGAUGUUCUCUCCUCCCUAGCUGCGGACGGACUUGGAUCCAUCCAUCUCCCAUUCAUUCAUUCAUUCAUUCAUGUGGCCAUCCAUCCACCAUCUUGCAUGCUAGCUAGCUACCCUGCAGGCCCAUAACGACAUUAUUCAAUUCGAAUUAAUUCCAUCAUCAUAUAAUAAUAUAUAUGAUGCUGAGCUCGUCGGCGUCGAGGCGGGAGGUCGGCGGCGGCGGCGCCGCCUCCAGCACCAAGAGCGGCGAGCUGUCCCUGUCCAAGGUGGCCAGCGUGGCCAUACGGGAGUCGUCGGGCUCGGGCUCGGGCGGGAUUUCCAAGAGCAGCGAAUUGCUGUCGAGGGCAGGAACCAUGGCGGCGGCGAGGGAGGCGGCGGCGGCGGCGGUACACCACGAAGGAUGGAUGGUGCGCUACGGCCGGAGGAAGAUCGGCAGGUCCUUCUUCCACACCCGCUACUUCGUCCUCGACAGCAGGCUCCUCGCCUACUACAAGAAGAAACCCAAAGACAACAUGGUGCCACUAAAAUCGCUGCUGAUAGACGGGAAUUGCAGGGUGGAGGAUAGAGGACUCAAAACACAUCAUGGACAAAUGGUCUAUGUCCUGUGCGUUUAUAAUAAGAAAGAAAAGGAGCAUCAGAUCACGAUGGGCGCGUAUGAUAUUGAGGAUGCUCUGGCCUGGAAAAAGAAUAUAGAACUCAUUAUCGAUCAGCAGCAAGAAAAUAUGACCUCCAAAAACCGCAAGGCCUUUGCUUCAAUGGACUUUGAUACGGAACUAGGAGGGCAGUUUAUAUUCUCAGACCAUGACAGCGCAGCUGAAGAUGAAGAGGAACGACCUAUGUUGAUUCGCAGGACAACUAUAGGGAAUGGUCCCCCUGAAUCAAUACAUGACUGGACCAAAGAGCAUGAUAUCGGUCCACCCAAUCAGAUUGACCCCAUUCAAGUUAGCUCCAAGAAGAAUUGGCGCCUACUUAGAUGCCAAAAUGGACUACGCAUCUUUGAAGAACUUCUGGAAUUCGAUUAUCUUGCAAGAAGCUGUAGCAGAGCUAUGCGAGCUGUUGGUGUUGUGGAAGCCACAUGCGAAGCCAUUUUUGGGCUGGUGAUGAGCAUGGAUGUAACAAGAUAUGAGUGGGACUGCAGCUUUCGCUAUGGUAGUUUAGUUGAAGAGGUUGACGGCCACACCGCUAUACUGUAUCAUAAGUUGCAGUUGCACUGGUGCCCAAUGUUAGUAUGGCCUCGAGACCUAUGUUAUGUUCGCUAUUGGCGGCGUAAUGACGAUGGAAGUUACGUUGUGCUGUUUCGAUCUACAGAGCAUCCAAACUGUGGACGUCAAAAAGGAUAUGUGAGGGCUUUUAUUGAAAGUGGAGGUUUCAAGAUUUCUCCUCUCAAGUGUCGCAACGGAAGACCCCGCACUCAAGUUCAACACCUAAUGCAGAUUGAUCUCAGGGGAUGGCUCCUCAACUACUCUCCUUCCUUUCAGUAUCAUUCUUUGCUGCAGAUACAAAACUGUGUAGCCGGCCUACGAGAAUACUUCUCCCAAACAGACGAAACACAUAUAACUCCAAGGAUUCCUGUGAUGGAAAACAUGGUUGACACAUCUGCAGUACAGAAAGAUGACAAGAAGAGUACCGAAGAAGUAGACUCCAAGACUAAAACACCAGAUCGAGGACAAGCGGACAGUAAAAACAUGGGAAUCAUUGAUGAAGAAACAGACGAGGAUGAGGACUAUCAGGUUCCUGAAGCUAACAUAGAGGAAGAUCCUAACAAAGAUGCUAAGCGUGCAGACGAACCACCAGAAAAGAUUGAUCUAUCAUGCUUUUCGGGCAUUCUUCGUUGCGAUGCGGAUGAGAAAAGCCGAAACUGUUGGACAGUACCUGACAGCAAGCUGUUUAAAGUCCGUAGCAAGAACUUCCCGCAUGAUAAAUCAAAGAUACCUGCAGCGAGUUACCUGAUGGAGCUUGCGGCCAUUGACUGGUUUAAGGACAGCAAGCGUAUGGAUAACGUAGGCAGGCAGAAAGGCUGUGUAGCCCAGGUAGCUGCUGAGAAAGGGAUGCAUACAUUUGUUGCCAACAUACAGAUCCCUGGAUCAACUCAUUACAGCUUGGUGAUGUACUUCGUGACAAAGUCGCUGAAGAAGGGAUCACUGCUGCAGCGAUUCUUCGAUGGGGAUGAUGAGUUCCGCAAUAGCAGGCUGAAGCUGAUACCCUCUGUACCCAAGGGAUCAUGGAUAGUGCGGCAGAGUGUAGGGAGCACGCCGUGCUUGCUGGGGAAGGCGGUGGAUUGCAGCUACGUGCGUGGAGCCGGAUACCUGGAGGUGGACGUCGACAUUGGGUCGUCGGCGGUGGCCAACGGGGUGCUGGGUUUGGUGUUUGGUGUGGUGACGACGCUGGUGGUGGACAUGGCGUUCCUAAUACAGGCCAACACCUACGAGGAGCUCCCCGAGCAGGUCAUCGGCGCCGCCCGUCUCGCUCACGUCGAACCCGCCGCCGCUAUCGUCCCCCAGGACCUUACUCCCCCUCCUCCUGCCCUUGCCGACGACGACAACGCCGCUGCUUCUUCCUCCGAGGAUGAUCAUUUGUCCAAGAAAACCAACUAAGCUAGCACCUCUCUCAACGCACGCACUGCAACUUAUCAAUCAUUUAUCUUCUUGUAAUUUCUAAUUAUUUCCGAGGCUCAUAGCAAGCUUUGUUUUUUUUCUUUUCAUCUUUUUUUUUAUCUCGUUAAGUUGUUUGCAAAGUACAGCUGGUUUUCUUCUACGUAGGAACAAAGAUAAAUCUAGCUAGUGACAGUAUUUCGUUGGAACCUAAUAUUAUAGACUGAGAUAUUUUGUUUAGGCUUAGAUUUGCUGUCUUUGGCUUUAAGUCAGACUUUUAAUUAACUUACACUCCCUCCAUUUUUUUAAUUGACGACGCCAUUGACUUUUGAA